AUGGCCUUGAGCAACCACAGCACCAUCACGGAAUUCAUCCUCCUUGGACUGUCUGCUGACCCCCAUGUCCAGGUCCUGCUCUUUGUGCUGUUCCUGGUGAUUUACCUCCUGACCCUGAUGGGGAACCUGUUGAUGCUGCUGGUGAUCAGGGCUGAUUCUCACCUCUACACCCCCAUGUAUUUCUUUCUGAGUCAACUCUCAUUUGUUGAUCUCUGUUUUUCUUCAGUUAUUUUGCCCAAAAUGUUGGAGAACCUUCUAUCUAAGAUGAAAGCCAUUUCAGUAGAAGGCUGCCUGGCUCAGAUUUUCUUUGUGCUUGUCACUGGAGGGACUGAAGCCAGUUUGCUCACAAUGAUGGCCUAUGACCGCUAUGCUGCCAUCUGCCACCCACUGCUCUAUGCACAGGUGAUGAGCAAUAAGCUCUGUGUGAGGCUGGUGUUGGUCUCGUGGGUCUUGGGUAUUCUGGACAUGCUCCUCAAUGUUCCCCUGGCAGUGAAAAUGGACUUUUGUGGGACCUGUAUCAUCCCACAUUACAGCUGUGAGCUGCCCUCUCUCUUUCUUCUGUCCUGCUCUGAUGUCUCCAUCAACCUCAUUGUCAUGUUCUGCUCCAUCAUCCCACAUGGACUUGCCACUUCCCUCUCAAUCUUCUACUCUUAUGGCUGCAUUGUCUCCACCAUCCUGAGCAUCAGUUCCAGCUCAGGAAGAAGCAAGGCCUUCUCUACCUGCUCCUCCCACCUCAUUACAGUGAGCUUAUUUUAUGGUUCAGCUUUUCUUCGUUAUCUCACGCCAACCUCAGGAUCACCCCUGGAGUUGAUCUUCUCCCUGCAGUACAAUGUGAUCACACCCAUGCUGAAUCCCCUCAUCUACAGUCUGAAGAACAAGGAAGUCAAGGCAGCUCUGAAAAGAACAGUGGGAAAGUUUCUAAAUGCUCUCAGUGGCAAAAUAAAGAGAAGGAACGACAGGGAAUUGGGAUAG